GGGCCGCCGGGCCGGCAGGGGGCGCUGCGCCCGCGCCGCCGCCGCCGCUCCGCCCUUUCCGCCUCCUCGGACGCCGCCAUCGCCGGGACGCUGCACCGCUCCGCGCCAUGUCGUCGCACAAGACGUUCAAGAUCAAACGCUUCCUCGCCAAGAAGCAGAAGCAGAACCGGCCCAUUCCGCAGUGGAUUCGCAUGAAAACCGGCAAUAAGAUCAGGUACAACUCCAAAAGGAGACACUGGAGGAGGACCAAACUGGGCUUGUAAGAGAGACUGUCCCAGGAGCUCUAAUGAACAUUGGUCUUUCUGUGUCAGAUCCAUAACAGCCUCAAGUCAUUCCUUCUGUGGUGCUGGAGUGCAGUCCCCAGUGUGGGGUUUUUAUAAGCUGGUCUGGGAUGUUGAUGUUAACUGGGAAAAUCUUUGUAUCUGAAACAUGGAGACUGUGUUCUAUUAGUGUUCUUUCAGGCAUCACCGUGAGCAUUGGCACUGCACAGGCUUACUAAUAAAUAUGGACCUGAAUGA